AUGUUGCGAUGGUUGAUCGGGGGAAGCCGAGAACCUCAGGGACUGGCCGAGAAAUCUCCUUUACAUACAAUAGGUGAAGAACAAACCCAGAAUCCCUACACCGAACUGAUUGUACUGAAAGCUCAUCAUGAUAUCGUUCGAUUUCUGGUACAAUUAGAUGACUACAGGUUUGCAUCUGCUGGUGAUGAUGGAAUUGUAGUUGUGUGGAAUGCCCAGACAGGAGAAAAACUUCUGGAACUCAGUGGCCACACUCAGAAGAUAACUGCUAUUAUUCCAUUUCCUUCCUUGGAAUCUUUUGAAGGAAAAAAUCAACAGAUUUUGACAGCCUCUGCUGAUAGAACAGUAAUUGUGUGGGAUUGUGACACUGGCAGACCAGUUCAGAGAGUGUCGUGCUUCCAGUCUACUGUAAAGUGUUUAACAGUUCUUCAGAGACUAGAUGUUUGGCUCUCUGGUGGAAAUGACCUGUGUGUAUGGAACCGAGAAUUAGAUCUCCUGUGUAGGACUGGUCACCUUUCUGAUACAGGGAUUAGUGCUCUGAUUGAAAUACCCAACAACUGUGUUGUAGCAGCAGUUGGUAAAGAACUGAUAAUUUUCAGGGUGGUGACACCCACAGAAGAAGCACUUGAGUGGGAUAUUCUGGAAGUUCAACGCCUCCAUGAUCACCAAGAUAAUAUUCUUUCAUUGGUCAAUAUCAAUGAUUUGAGUUUUGCCACUGGCUCCCAUGUUGGAGAGCUGAUCAUUUGGGAUAUCCUGGACUGGACCAUGCAAGCCUAUGAACGCAACUUUUGGAACCCUUGUCUACAGCUGGACACACAGCAAGAAAUAAAACUCUGUCAAAAAUCAAAUGACAUUUCUAUUCAUCAGUUUACAUGUGAUGAAGAGAAUGUCUUUGCUGCCGUUGGAAGGGGUUUAUAUGUGUAUAACCUUCAAAUGAAGCGUGUGAUUGCCUGCCAGAAAACUGCACAUGACUCCAAUGUCUUGCACAUUGCCACACUUCCAAACAGGCAGUUAGUCUCAUGCUCAGAAGAUGGCAGUGUACGCAUUUGGGAGUUACGAGAAAAACAGCAGCUCCCAGCUGAGCCCGUACCAACAGGUUUUUUUAACAUGUGGGGAUUUGGAAGGGUAAACAAACAAGGCAGCCAACCUAUUAAAAAGCAACAAGAAAUCGCCACUUCAUGUUCACUGGAGCUUAUUGGAGAUUUGAUUGGCCACUCAUCAUCUGUGGAGAUGUUUCUGUACUUUGAAGAUCAUGGACUAGUGACAUGCUCUGCUGAUCACCUCAUUAUUUUGUGGAAAAAUGGAGAACGAGAAUCUGGAUUACGCAGUUUAAAAUUAUUUCAGAAAUUAGAGGAGGAUGGUGGCUUAUAUCUUUCUGUGUAG